GGCCCGUUUCAGUCAGUCAAUCGCGGCUCCCACAUGGGUGUGUAAAAAGGCUCUCUCUUCGAGCUGCUCGAUCCUGCACUGUGCGUUUACUCGAUUCAUUUCGUGCUUCGAAUUUAACUUGGGCACACUCGCCAUUUUUACUCGAUUCGUCUAUCAUUUUUUUACAAACAAGUGUAUAUUAUAAAACAGCAGCUGCGACGACGGAUAUUUGUUCAUCCACGACUGGAUAUACUUUAAUAAAGGGCGACAGGUAGACGAGCGAUGGUGAAAAAGCUGUGGUUCCGCGAUCUAGGCCGAAGAUGGUUCGACGCCAGUAGGAAGUUCGAGCCGCCGGCCGGCCGGUGCUUCAGCGAGCCCAAGUGCCAGGACAGGCUCGAGUUGUGGUACCUGCUGUACCGCUGGCUGAUAUUCGGGCUGUGGCUGGUCGUGGUGGUCUGCUCGGUCUUCGAGAUCGGGAGCGUCAGUCCUCUGGGUCUCCCCGAAAAAUGGCCGAUCUAUUUGACCAACUGGGACAUCAGCUUGGGCCUCCUCCAGGCCCUCUUGGCCUGCGUCAUCGUCAGCCGGCGCUGGCGACAACAGCACCGCUGCAAGAACGCCGCAAGUGGCUUCGAUCCCUCCAACCUAACCUACGGCAAACUAGAAAAGAUCUACUGGUUUCUGUACGUGGUAACGUCGAGUCUCGCCAUCGGGGUGACGGCCAUCUACUGGGCCCUCGUGCACGAUCCCCGCUACCACAAGGUCGACGCGCUCAACCUGAUGAUCCACGUGAGCAACAGCCUGCUCAUGCUCGUAGAUCUAGGUGUCGCCGGGGUACCGCUCGAGCUGCGCUGCUUCUGGUGGUGCCCGCUCUUCGUCAGCUUGUACCUGCUUUUCAGUGUGGCGUACUACGCCGCCGGUGGGCUGGACAAGCGCGGCGAGCACCGUAUUUACAACAUACUCGACUGGGAAAAGCCGGGCCGGACGCUCGUCGUGUGCGCCGCGGGCUUGAGCUUCCUCGUGCUCGCGCACUGCGUGCUGUGUCUGCUGGCCGGAUUCAGGGACCGGGUGUUUGACCGCAGACGCGCCACCAAGUACGCCGUGGAAAAGGUCACCGCUGCCUCCGUAGCUGCUGGGACCUGCAGAACCAAGGACGAGCUAAACGCGUCGGUGUGAUCGUGAUGGUGAGGCGAUGCUACU